GAUAUAUAUGGUUGUCCUGAUUCCGAAUCCAUGAGCAUUUAAUCCCGAGGGCCACAUAUUACAUACGAUACACUAUAUUCGCCACUCUCAAUCAUAUAAAUCCAAAUUAAACACCAAAAAUAAAAUAGUAAAUAGAACUAAUAAGGAGUUAAAAGCAGAAAGAAGGAUUCAGCAUCAGAAGCAACGAAGAAGAAAAAGAUUAUCACUUUUUUUCAAAAUUUUGAGAUAUGUGUUGAUUUGAACUUUGAAGUGUAUUGACGCAUUGUGAAUCGGGGACCUUGUCGGUAUAACGAUGGAAGCACAAAGUGGUCGCCAUCCGCAAAUAAUUGAAAUCAGUGGAGAUCUUCCUGAUGUAGGAAAGAAAAUUUGUGGGGAAGCAACAUGUGAGUUCUCAGAUGCUGGAUCCAUCUUGAAGGAUUCUGAAGAAAGAUCGACUUCCAUGCGAAAGCUUUUGAUAGCCGUGACCCUUUGCGUUAUUUUCAUGGCCGUUGAGGUAGUUGGUGGUAUUAAGGCUAACAGUCUCGCAAUAUUGACUGACGCAGCACAUUUGCUUUCCGACGUUGCAGCAUUUGCCAUCUCAUUGUUUUCUAUAUGGGCUGGGGGAUGGGAACCGAAUCCUCGCCAAUCGUUUGGAUUUUUUAGAAUAGAGAUUCUUGGCGCUUUGGUUUCCAUGCAAUUAAUAUGGUUGCUUGCUGGGAUUUUGGUAUAUGAAGCCAUUGCUAGACUCAUUGCAGGUCCUCAAAAUGUGGAUGGUUUUUUAAUGUUCAUAGUUGCUGCAUUUGGUCUUCUGGUUAACAUCAUUAUGGCUUUGGUAUUGGGUCAUGAUCACGGUCACAGUCACGGCCACGGCCAUGAUCACGGCCACGGACAUGAUCAUCAUGGCCACAGCCAUGGACUUUCCGUUUCUACCCAUCAUCACGAUGUAAAGCAUACAAAAGAUGAGCAUCAUCACAGUCACGACGAUCACACUCACCAUCAUCAUGAUGAAAAGCAUUCUCAUGAAGAUCACGCUCAUCAUCAUGACCACAAAGUGGUUACUCAACCACUUCUCACUGAAUCAAAUGGCAGAUCCGAGAAAAAGAAACGGAACAUAAAUGUACAUGGCGCUUAUCUCCAUGUACUUGGCGACUCUAUCCAGAGUGUUGGGGUAAUGAUUGGAGGAGCAAUCAUAUGGUAUAAGCCUGAAUGGAAAAUAGUUGAUUUGAUUUGCACUCUAAUUUUUUCUGUAAUUGUUUUGGCCACAACUAUCAACAUGCUGAGAAAUAUUUUGGAAGUCCUGAUGGAGAGCACACCGCGCGAGAUAGACGCUACUCAGCUUCAAAAGGGGCUGUUGGAGAUGGAAGAAGUAGUAGCUGUUCAUGAACUGCACAUAUGGGCCAUUACAGUGGGGAAGGUAUUGCUAGCUUGUCAUGUUAAAAUCAAUCCCGAAGCAGAUGCCGACGUGAUGCUGGACAAGGUUAUAGACUACAUCAAGAGGGUUCAUAACAUCAGUCACGUAACUAUACAGAUAGAACGCUAGGUUUUCUUUUUUGAAUCUUUUAUUGGUUGUGAUGAUUAUGAUAAGAAGGUUGUAGUUAGACUAGAUGCAUUAUGUUUCUAAAACUCAACUUUCUUUAUAUCGAAAUAAUACUUCUGUUCACUCCUUGUUUCUAACAGUUUAAGAGUGUGGAUAUGAGCAUUGUUACAUUGUAUAUUAUUUUCAUGCCAAAUUUUUAUAUCUCUGAUAUUGUUGACAA